AUGUCCGCUGAAAGCCCCGGCCCGAAGCAAUCCGCCUUCAAGUCAUUCUUCACGAAUGCCCUCCGUCCCAAAAAAUCCCGCCAAACCCUUCGCAAAGGCAGCUCUCGCUCAAUGACAGAUCUACGCCUAUCAACGUCCUCACGACCCAGCACCGCGGAUGCGCCUCCAAUGCCAGACCUCGCACCACUGCAGGCCCACCGCGAAAAAUACAGACAAGCCCACGCGAACCUAGAUACGCAACUAGGCGAGCGCAGCGAUUACACCACCAUCAUCCACUCCAUAGGCGUGCUGGACGCAGACGAUAAAUUCGUAGCCGCCGGGCUGGACAGCGAAUACCGUGAACCAGGAGAGGGCGACAUCGCAAAACUAACGCCGAAUCUCUGGGCGCGGAUUGCAGGGUUUCUAGAUCCGGCUGAUGCAGCCUCGUUGGCUAUCUCUACAAUCACGUUGUACCGCCGACUAGGGAAAAAGUAUUUCGCCCCACUGGAUGCGCCGGAAAACUUCGAAUAUCGGAUGCGGUUCCUUGUUGGGAUUGAUCAGUCACUUCCGCAUCAUCUACUCUGUUUCCCAUGUGGGAGGUACCACCGACGUACCGCGGAGGGCACGGAACGUCUCCGACCAGCUCACGUCGUUAAUCCGCUCUUCAAUUGUCCCGAAGCUACCAACUCGUUGAACCCACCGCCUCGACACAGAAUCACACACGGCCGUAUGCUCCCCUUCGCAUUCGUACAGCUUAUCAUGCGCGCGCACCGCUUCGGCCCCCAAUACGGCAUCACGGCCGACACGAUGAGUCGACGCUGGACACGAGAUGGAUGGACACAUGCCUCGCGAUUCGUCAUUCACGAAGGCAGAUUGCUUAUGCGCGUUAAAAGCCAAGCAUGCGCGGACCCAGACAUGCCCCCAUCCCUCGUCCGAAUCCUACUGCAUUCCCGUGAAGAUUACUGGCCAUAUUUCAGUGCUUGCGCGCAUUGGCGUGACGGCGAAUUAAUGCCUGCUUGUCGAUGUGCGCUUGAACACAUACCCAAACCCAGGAGUACGGGCGGGUUACAAGGAAUGGAACAUAAAGUGCGAGAUAAGUGGACAGGGUAUAAAUUUGAUCCGAAUGCUUUGACGACGCUUUGUGGAUUUUGUAGACCUAUGCGGAGGUGUCCGGAGUGUCCGACGGAGUAUUUGAUCGAGGUCAAACUUACGGAGGAUAAGAGUGAUCCGAGGGCAAUGGUGUUCCGGCAGGCUAUUGUUGUUACGAGGUGGACGGACCUUGGGGACGGGACUAUGCCUGGUGGGCCUCAGUGGGGGUCUAUCAAUGGGGUUAGGGAGGAUUAUGAUGCGUUUCAACAUCCGCAUUAUGCGAAGAGAGGUCUUGCUAGCAUAUUUGAGGCGGCGAUUACAGCUGAUACGUUACCGGGUCAGAGGGUUAUAUCGUUGAAUCCGAAGAAAAAGAAGUUGGGGGAGAAGGGGCAUGAUUGGUAUUAG